GCUAUGCUCGUCGCCAUUAUGCGACAGAGCUAGUCCUUUCGGUGUCACCAUGUUGGCCGAACCAUGCUGGUCUGAGAAAUGCCUUACCUCGGAGAACAAUUGGGCUGAUUGUGGACUUGAUGACACCUGCGUGUCUACGGAUGGCAGCUCCAACGGCGAUGCCGUAGCGGGCUAUGGCGUUUGGAAUGCGGACGGCGACUUCAGCCACUGGUACAGGUCCACUCCUGUCGCCCCAAACUGAGAAGGGAUGAUCAUGAGCUGAUGUUGUAAGAAUUUAUUGAAUGGAGUCGAU